AUGAGCACAGUCCGGAGGAGAUCCAAUACUGCACAAUCAGUCCUUCGCAAUCUCCCUGGACCGCCUCCGCAACAUUUGAAGCUCGGAGAUGUCAAAGUCCUCAAUUCAUGGGUACACGACCAGAAGGAGUCAUCCACCGCCAUAUUGAAUCAAACAUGGUGGCCCGGUGUGGCAGAGGGAGACAUGCUACAAGUCUCGGGUUGCAACACAGGGAAUGCUACUGCUGGGUAUCUAUUCAUGGUUCCAAAGGACGAAGGCUGCCCGAAACCCGCAUUACAGAUUUCACUUCCAAAGAAUGUCGCAGACGCAUUUGGGAUAAAGAACAAUGGCGAGGUGACCGUAACGAAAGUGGACAAGCAGCAGUACUGCGCAGACUAUAUCGAGUUCACAUUCCAAGACCAAUACCUUGGUCGAAAUGAAAUGUGGAGACUAGCCGAACACCUUGUAGGGCAGUGUGUAUUUGUCGACCAGGAAAUAUCCUUCAUAAGCGUGAUCGCCGCCAAGAUACAAUCCAUUUAUGUCAAGGGUCGAAAAGUAUCUGCAGGAUACGUUACUGCCACUACCAAAGCGAUAUACCGGUCUCUCUCUGCGAAAGUGACAAUCUUUAUUCAAGUCUGCCGUGAACUCUGGGAAUUUGCGGGAGAUGGUGAACGCUACAAUGAGAAAAUCGUACACUCGUUUCUCCCUGCCUUGUUUACAAGGUGGCGCGAGGCUGGCACGAAUCACACAGUGACCAUCGUGCUUAUCUCGAGGGUGUAUUACGAUGACUCCGAAAAAGAGUAUGCCGCAGGGCCUCUAAGACUUGAUGAAGAUGGUCGACGGUAUAAGGAUUUUUACAAGGUUAUUACUGACUUGGAAGUCAUCCAUGACUGGAAACCUACGCUUGUAGGACUCAAAGUGUCCUUCUGGGACUUCCAAAGGGACAUCUUACUCGCCCAUCACUACCACCGAGCCACUGUCGAAUCUACAGCACCAGAGCAAGCCAGACUCGUUGGUCAGCUAUCGGAUGCGCAUGAUGGUCCUAUUCUGGAGGCUCUCAACUUGGGUCUUAACCCAAACGAAACGCACUACAUCGAUCGCUCACUGUCAAACACUGGAGCGUCAACCAUCCUCAUCACCCCUGGUACAGGCUAUUACAAAGUGUCUAAGCAAUUGCUCCGAUUAACCACAACCCGCAUGCUCGACCAGGGUUUCGGCUUGGAUCUCGUAUCAUUAGCAAAACGUCCUUUACACCAGACUCCUAUAUUCGCUUUCAAGGGAUACGAGCCACGCUUAGAUAAGGACGGGAAGAACGGUGGCCGAGCCCUAGAUCCGCUCUGGGGAGGUGAUGAAGACCCAGAUGAAUCCAGGAGAUUGGAGAAGACUACGUUCUGGUGGGAGCCAUUCUGGAUAGGUGUUUCCUUCUGGGAUGGGCAGAUGGAUCUUCCUUUUCGCGAGGAUAGGUUCGUUGCCAGAGCAAAAAUGCACGAGAUACAGAUGCUCGGGCUGCUCGAGCACGACGUCCUUUCUGGCAUAGAGGUCCCUUACCUCCCAGAGUUAAGUGACCCAUACGCCACGCCGCCACGAGACAGCUUUUCGGAAGAUGGCCAUUUUCCCACACAAGCAGAUGCUGAUCAAGCCGAUAUGGAUGUGUUCGUCUUGAAGAAAGAGUCCCGACCCGUCACCAGCACGCGCACUUCAUAUGGCUCUUCUACGGGUGGGACUAUUAUGGCUUCGUCUUAUCGUUCAUCGACCAUGAGUGAGAGACGCGGGCUGGCAUCACAACGCAGUUCUAUCGCGUCCAUGCGUAUAGCACCAAUUGAAGAGAGCCCCAGAAAGAUCAUCAUGGAUCUACCUCCUGAAGGCAAUGAUUUUGGGCUACUACCCUCCGUGACCGGACUCAGCACAUCUCCUUCGCAGUCCUCCAUACGUUCAGUGAGAACCAACGCGUCUGUCACAACCAAUAAUGGAAGUGACCCGCAAUCGCGCAAUGCGAGCUCUUCCCGUCUUGCUAAAAUUGCAACCUCUUGGUUUUACAAUCCCUUCCAAAGAAGCUCGGGUGACUCUCAGACACCUUCGAUUCCUACUUCACCAGUCACAGUUCCCACAUCUCCCCCCACUCCAAGCAUGCGUGUCCCGAUCGCAUCAAAUCUCUCCGCUACACCUUCUGCCUCGCUUUCCCGCUCACCUCAGCCAAUGGCCAUAUUACAUGGUGCAUCUGGUCGAUCGGCUCUGAGCAGGAUGUAUGAGGAAGAAAGCAUUCUUCCACAUCGAAGCUCCUUGAAUCGGCAUUCACCGAUGAAUACCCCUCCCCGUGAUGAAAGCACGUUUGGGAAGAAGCGCAAUACAACACUAAAUUCGUUCAACCUGCCCUUCUUGUCGUCCUCCCCGAUCCCGACUUGUCGUACCAAUCCCUCGCGACCCCAAUCUACAGUCUCGUACGCACAGUCUUCACUUGCCAGACGCUGGCAGCAUGUGUUUCCUACACCCACGUACAAGCACGAGGUGAAAUGGAAGUCUAUGGUCACUCCAGCGUGUCUUCCGCUCACCAUGGACCACUUCCCGAGCAAUUCGGAGCUAGAACUGUCAUAUGAUGUAUUUUCGUAUGACUUUGUAGUCGAUCCGACGGAGAUGCGUUCUUUCCUCGUGAAGCCGCCUUCUGUUCAGGGGAACACCGAGGAAGUGCGACGUGCAUGGGCACUCACUGUAAUGCGUGGUAUGGUCGCUGUUCGACUUGCACAAGGGUUCCAGUUUGUCUUGCGACCGCGUAAAACGGGCGACAGUGAAGAUCACACGACCAUGCGGCGGACGAAAUCUUUCAUGGGCGAAGACGAUGCAUCCCCAAAGCCGACUGGGGCAGCGGAAGUUCUCAGGACCACCAAUCUGCCUGUUUACUUGAGCAUGAGCAAUGAGAUUCAUCGGAUAUCUUAUACUGGCGAGGUGAUCCAGGUGAGGCGGUAUGUAAGAAGGAUGCCGCCGACCCAACCCUUUGAGUACGAGUGUCUUAUCUGGCCUAAGCUCGGGGUGGGGUAUACGGAGUUGCCGACGCAGUUCGUCUCACAUGGGCUGGAAAAUUUCGGCUGGAACAGAUUGGAUAUGUUGGGUAACGUGGGUCCCUCUGGAGAGAAGCUCAAUGAGGAGGAAAUUCGGCUUAUGGGAAUCGACAAGCUUGCUGAAAUAUUCACAAAAUUGCGGUGGCAACCUCCGGAUGAGCGUGGUUCGCCCGUUGCACCCGUACGCUUUCUUCCUACGACACUCGGCCCUGCACACUCUGUCCUGGACGAGUCGCUAAUGGCACAGCUGGACGAAAUACAUGCAGCAGGACCUCUGAAGAAGAAAAUGCAGAGCACCAGAGAAAUCGCAGACACCCCUCUUUCGUUGAUUGCGAAACUCAUGCGUGAAGAGGAUGGCGUACCGAUCAAGUUUCAUCAGUGGCAUGGAGCAAAGUAUCCUGAUUCUUUCACUGGGUUUGACUUUGUUUCGUGGCUUGUGCGCGAGUUUCGGGAUGUAUCGUCAAGGGAGCAAGGUGCUGAAUGUGGGGCGAGGCUCCUCGAACAAGGGUUGUUCUCUCAUUGCCGAGGACGCCACGGCUUACUUGACGGGCACUACUUCUACCAGCUAAAUGGUGAAUAUGCCACCGUCAGCACCCCGAGAGGAGGAUGGAUCAAAACAUCUCGUUACAUUAACAGCGAUGAGGUCAGCAUUACUAGACCAGGCGGAUAUUACCCGUCCAGUUUCAGUAGACCUUGUGGAGUUAGGCGGAAUAGGAAGUGCCUGAUCCUGAGUCAAACUAUGGUGGUAGACAUUGACCCUACCAAGAGGAGCGACCAGGCUGAAUCGGUAGUUCUUCACCACGAUAUCAUCCAAAACCCUGGGACAGUCUUUCAUUUCGAGCUGCAAUGGAUCGGAUCUACUGCGCGUUGCAUUGAAGACUCGCUCCGGCAAUGGAGUCGGGCGAUUGAGAGGUACGGCCUUAAAUUGGUCGAGGCCUAUGUCAUGGAAAUUAGCGACAUACGAGAACGCAAUGCGUUCCAGUCUUGCUUCCCUUUGCGUUUGGUAAUACCGCCACCCAUAGUUCCAGGCCUUGAGAAACGGGUACCUGAAGGAACGCACACAACGCAUUACUUCGAAUAUGCCAUUCUCAAACGCUUUGACUUUGUCCUCGAUGUGGAAGCUACCAACUUAUACCCGAAGGAUGUGGACGUCUCCUACUCUUACCGCCGAGCACCUUUCAAACAUUCGCAAUUUGUGCAUCGGUCUGGUGUCGCGUUUGUGCAGGUUAUAGGUGGUUCGCAGGGACUGCUUUUCCUGACCAACCGUUUGUUGGGUCCAGGUCGCAUGGGCAGUGCAAUGAAGAGUAAGGAGCAGAAACCUGAAACUGUAGCGGAAGGGAUUCGGAUAAAGAUGCAGGAGUUCUGCUCGGACGAAGCUGUAUUGACACAGUUUUAUGAUGAGGAGCUGGCUGCUCUUGGGCCGGACGACCCUCCACCACUUAGUAUAUGA